AUGGCCUCCAACGACGUUCGCGAUGUUCUGAAUCUUCCCUCCGACGACCUCACCCCGCGACCAUCCAAGAAACAAAAAGUCACAGCACCGCGCCACAACCUCAAAGGCUUGGCAAGAGAAGUCCAAAACUUAGGUGGCGACAACCCAAUCGCAAUCGUCCCCGAAGUUUCCCUCUACAAGAAACGUCGAUUCGCCAACCGCAAACCGGCCGCGAAAUGGGAGCUCAAACAGUUCAGAAACUCUGCGCGCGCUGAUCAGAGCCUCAUACUGCGACAUUGGAAACGCAAGACCGAACCAGGCCAACCUAGCGACCAUGUGGACGGCGAGUCUUCGGAGGCAGUGAACAACGAGAAUGGGGACGAGGGCAACAAAGACGAGGACGCGAUCGAAGACUCGGCAUUCGCCAAGUUCAACGUCAAGGUGCAGAUACCUGAGUACAACGACGAGCAAUACAAUUCGAAGCUGCAAAACGACGACUGGACGCAGGAGGAGACCACUUAUUUGAUGAACCUGGCGAGGGAUUACGACUUGCGCUGGCCGCUCAUAUGGGAUCGAUACGACUUUGUUCCGAAGGCACCAGAGGAUGUAGACAUGAAUGGAUCAAAUUCGGCCGUGGUACCAGCGGCCAAGCCCAGGGACAUGGAGGAUCUCAAACUCCGUUAUUACGAGGUCGCUGCCAAGAUGAUGGAGUUGCAGAAGGCAAUCCAGUACAUGACGCAGCCUGAAUGGGAUUUGCACCAAACUAUGGUCAACUUCAAACCAGAACAGGAGAGAGAGCGCAAGAAGUUUGCACUGAACUCGAUGUCGCGUUCCAAGGAGGAAGCCAAGGAGGAAGAGUCACUGCUGAUUGAGGUCAAACGCAUCAUGGCGCGCCAGGAAAGGUUCAACGAGGAGCGUAAGGAGCUCUACCAGCGCCUCGAAUACCCACACUCGGACCAAGACAUCAAUUCUUUUAAGGGCAGCGCAGGUCUCGCGAAUCUUCUUAACACGCUGCAAAACAUGAGCCAGGCUAAGAAGCGCAAGCCCAUAGCUGGCCCAGAAGGCGCAAGCCCCGUUGUACCUACACCUGGGCCCAACGGCCAACCUGCCAGCGCGACGUCCGAGGCGCCUCCGAGCCGACGUGAAAGCACGGCGGCGCCCUCAGCAGGAGUUCGCGAAUCCAUCGGCGCCGAGAAGCCAACACCCGCAGGCAACAAGAAAGGUCAGCCGGCGACAGAGCGACGUAAACUCAAUGAGCAGGAGGAACAAAUCUACGGUGUCUCGACACAUGAACGGCUAGGAUCAGGCCCGACCUUCCGGUACGAGCGGGUGAACAAGAUGUUCUCGCACAAGAGCGGACAACAACAGCAACGAAUACAGAAUGUUCUCACCGAGCUCGACAUACCAGUUCGGCUCAAUAUGCCCACUGCAUCAGUAGUGGCCGAGUACGAGAAGCUAGUCCUCGCGGUCACCGGCCUGGUGGAUCUUAGGAAGCUAAGGGACAAGCUGGACGGCGAGAUCAAGAUCGAGGAGGCCAAGAAGGCCGAACGGGCCAAGGCCCGCGUGGUACUUGGCCUCGAUGGCACCAGCGAAGACCCCAACCAAGACAAGAAGGCCGGCGAGGCUCCCGUCGAGACCAAGACGGAACCCGCGUCCGAGGAUAAGGACCCGAAGACCAACGGAGAGGCGCCCAGCACAUCGGGCGAUGCCGGCGCCGAUGCUCAACCGAAAGCAGCAGAUGCGCCCGCUGCCAAUGGCGAUGGGGCUGCCGCUGCGGGAGGUGAUGAGGCAAGCACUCCUGUCGUCAAGGAAGAGGAAGGUGGCAGACCAGGCAGCAGCGGCGGCGGCGCUUCUGGGAACAAGCGCAGCGCGAGCGUCCUCAGCACAACUUCCGACAAGAGUGCCAAGAGACAGAGAAAGUGA